AUCUGGCCGGUCUGCCGUGGCCGGGGAGGCGGCCGGCGGGCGGGCAGGGGCCGCGCGAUGUCGCACGGAGCCGGGCUCGUCCGCACCACGUGCAGCAGCGGUGGCGGCCCGGGGGCCGGCGCGGGACAGUCGAGCGCGAGGCCCUCGGAGGGGCCGCUGGACCCCAGCUACCCCCGCACGUACUCGGCACUGCUGAAGGUGGCGCAGAUGGUCACGCUGCUGAUUGCCUUCAUCUGCGUGAGGAGCUCCGUGUGGUACAGCUACAGUGCCUACAGCUACUUCCAAGUGGUCACCAUCUGCAACUUGAUAAUGAUCCUCGUCUUUUAUCUGGUGCACCUGUUCCGCCUCUACCGCUUGCUCACCUGCAUCAGCUGGCCCCUGUCGGAAUUUCUGCACUAUUUGAUCGGUACCCUCCUCCUCCUGAUCGCCUCCAUUGUGGCAGCCUCCAAGAGUUACAGCCAGAGCGGGCUGGUAGCUGGAGCGAUCUUUGGUUUCGUGGCCACCUUCCUCUGCCUGGCGAGCAUCUGGAUGUCCUACAAGAUCUCAUGUGUGACCCAGUCAACAGAUGCAGCUGUGUGACGCCACCCCAGGCUGGCCCCGCUGAAGGCCCUGCAGACAGGAGGGUCAGUGGGCCAGCCUCCAUGAAGGGCUUUUGACCCUGAGCUCCUGUGCCAAAGCCCUGUCCACGCAGGAGGGUGUCCUGGGCUCCGGAGCCACGCCGAGCCUCUUUCCAGUCCUUGGAGAAUAGUCCUCCCCGCCUAGAAAAGAAGACCAGCCUCCAGGGAGAUACGGUCUCUCCCUCCUGCUUUGGGAACCAACCGCCUCAGGGACCGAUGACCCCACUUAACACACGAAGGAGGGGUUUCUGGAAAUGCCUGCCUAAAUCUGCUUCUGCUUCACAUUCCUCAGGGGGAGUGAAGCCACCUUAAGUCCCCUUAUAGAAACCAAGCCAUCUCCUAAUUUAUCUAGCUUGGAAAGCCCCUCUGGGAGAGACCCUCUUUCUUAAGUGAGGCACAUCUGCAGAAGCAGUCUGGUCAGCCUGUCCCCAGAUCAGAGAUCCUGGCUCCUUUCGGGCCUCAGCCUUAAUUCCCAUUGUGUGUGUGUCUGUGUGUUUGUCUGUGUGUGUGUCUGUGUAGGGGUGUGUGUGUGUUUUGUAAUAAAAUAAUUGACUUGGC